AUGUCUUCUACACCUCCACCUCCUCUUGACUCUUCAUCACCCCCUAGGUUUAAUGGCCCACAUGCAUACCCUUCUCCAACUGUCUUCCAUCAAUCCGACUUGAAGGAGCCUUCGUCUGUGGAUGCUCUUUGUCUUCCUCCAUUCUGGGGUAUGCAUUGUGAUAGCGACCUCACUAUUGCUCUCGUCAGCGCUAAACGCUCAGAACACUGGGCAGAGUAUAAACUUAUUCAGAGGCACCUGAGACAUAUCAAUAUUGAAAAGGAACUUUACAGUCUGGUGGAAAUACAGACACAGCAGAGACUGCACAAAGCUGACACCGACAUUGGUGUUACCCAUGGUGUGUUGCAUGUCUCCAGCCUGACACCAUCAGGUGAUGAGCCGGAUAAUGAUGCAUUGAGUUUGGGUGGGUCAGAUGGUGAGGAAUCCCCUUGA